UGCUCCAAGCGACAGGUGGCACAUCUCCUUACAAAAUGAAUCUUAAUCAUAGUGGCUGUUUUCAGAGGCUUUCCCAAACGCAGUGUGAUCUGGAACAAAUUGUGAAGCACACGAGCCUGGUGAAGCUUUCAUUAUUGAGCACCUGCUGUAUACCUCCUUGAGCUGAGGAGAGGGAUCAAGAGCUCAUGGUCAAGAGGGGACCAGGCCCACCCACAAACACUGUUGAUGUGGCAGGGAUGUGGCAACGCAGAAAGGAGCCAGGGGCUGGGCUCCCAGCAAUCUGGGGGCCACGGAGACUGGUUUGAGUGCAGGUGGAGUGGGCUAGGGCUAACCCUGUUGGUAGGAUUCACAGGUAUCAGGCUCCUGGGCUGCAGCUGCUCAGUCACCUCCCGGCACUCAGGUGCAUCAGUUCAUUGUCCUCAUGCCAGUGGUGGGAGCAACCCUCAUGCACAGGGUCUGAAAAAUGCUCAGGUGUACCUGUACUGUGUGAGAGGAAGGAGCCUGGCAAAGGCGCACGUAGCCUCCUCGCUAGGUGUGGGUCUUGAGGGAACUUCUGUCUCCUUUCAGGUGGCACAGAAUGUGGACCUGUACACAGGCGACCCCAACCUGGGGCUGGAGCUGUUUGAGGCAGCUGGAGACAUCUUCUUCAAUGGGGCCUGGGAGCGGGAGGAAGGCAUGUCCUUCUACCGGGACCAGUCCCUGCCCCUGGCAGUGACUACGGGCAACCGCAAGGUGGAGCUGCAGCUACAGCUGUGCAACAAGCUGGUGGCACUCCUGGCCACACUGGAGAAGCCCCAGGAGGGCUUGGAGUUUGCCUACAUGGCCCUAGCACUCAGCAUCACUCUGGGUAAGUCCCCUGAGCCGCUGCCCUGCCAGGACCCACACUUUGCCAGAGCCCAGCCUCCAGGUCUGCAGGCCAGGAGCUGAAACAGCUGCUGGAUUUUCCUGGUCUCCUGUCCAGGCAGGCAGAUCUGCCCAACUGGCUUCCCCGUCCGGCUGUGAGGAACAGCCCGAGGUCUCUCACGCAGUGCAGAGUUCCCUGCCUGACUGAGCUCUGCUUCCUCUGCCUGUUCCCGCUGCUGACCACAAGGGCCGCCCAGUGUGCCCUCUGCCUUCCAGACAUGCCAGGCAUCUCAUUGGUCCCUGUAUGUGUCAGGCUGAGUGGCACAUUCCCUUUCUCUUGUUCCCUUCCCACCCUCAUCAACCACACGGCUCUCUGGCUGAUAAAAUCCCGGUUCCUCUUCCAGCAGUCUGCCCCUUAAGGCCGGGCAUCCCCUGGUGCUGUGCCAGGGUCAUCUGUCCCCCUCCAGAGACAGAGAACCCUAGGCAGGCCACAUGCCCCAGCGCCUUGUGUCCCGUGGCCCUGUACACAGUAGGUGUGCAGCUGACUCCCCAAGGUGACCGGCUGAACGAGCGCGUGGCCUACCACCGGCUGGCCGCCCUGCACCACCGGCUGGGCCAUGACAAGCUGGCGGAGCACUUCUACCUCAAGGCCCUGUAGCUCUGCAACUCGCUGCUGGAGUUCGACGAGGAGACCCUGUACUACGUGAAGUUGUACCUGAUGCUCGGUGAUAUCUUCUUCUAUGACCU